AUGCGUCAAAAUAUCAUCAUUUUGUCUGUUCUCCCGUGCAUCGCACUGGCGUGUCCGGCACCCAGCUCUACUGCCACACAGGGCCCUUGGGAGCAGUGUGGCGGUAUCAACUGGACCGGUGGCACGACUUGCGCCUCAGGCUGGACCUGUGUCGAGCAGAACCCAUAUUACUCCCAAUGCCUGCAAGCCAGCAACACUCCCCCACCUUCACCACCGGUCGUUGAGCCUGUCACACCCAGCUCGUCUCCAGCCAGCACCCCAACGAGUGUCAGCAACCCAGCAACUUCCACCAGCCCAGCCUCCCCCGGCAGUGGUCUUACUUACAAAGCAUCUUUCACUCACUACGGUGCCGGCGACACGUUUGGCUCCCCGAACUGCAACACGAAUACAGCCGCCUGUUUCUUCUACACCUUCCCCGGCUUCAGUGCGGCAGUGUCCCAAAACCUCUAUGGUGCUGGACCGGGUCAAGGCCAGGGUCCUGCUUGUGGGACAUGCUGGAAGCUGGUUGGAGAGACGGACUCAUCGGGAAACCGCCUCAGCAAUGCAGGAACGAGCAUCGUGGUCAUGAUCAACAACCUGUGCCCGGCCGAUGGCAAUCCGCUGUGUGCUCAGAAUGGUCUAUCGGGGACGAAUCAAUAUGGUGCAAACGUCAACUUUGACCUCUGCAGUGACAGCGGAGCUUCGGAAGCAUUCUUUGGGAACAGUGGCGUGGGUCUUGCAGUUGGUUCUGCCACGCAGGUCGAUUGUUCCGAGUGGUCUGGGACUAUUGUCCAUUAG